AUGACUGUAAUAGAUAUGUAUUGCCAAGUAGAAGCCGAUGAGUGCAUGGCUGAGUACGUGAAAUUGUUCGAAAAAGAAGUACUUGCUAAGUGUAAACAAGGCGAGCUAGCGAGUGCUUGUGUCAAGAUCCCUCCUCCACUCAGGGAAGGGACGUAUUGUUAUGGAGUGAAAAUUCUCGGCUCUAAAGCCUUCGAAAAGGUAAAUGAAAUGGCUGGCAUCGAAAAGAAUAAAUUUGAGUUGACUUACUUGAGACUUGCUGUUGCAUGCCACGACGAUGAGCAAGCGAUAAAAAGCUUCCUGAAAUCAGCUGUAGAAGAGGGUUCAUUCGCAGAUAUAAUUGAGGUCUUCCAUUCUGUAAGUAAAAACCAUAUCAACGACGAUGUUCUGUUCACGUUUCUCAGCGAGAACUGGGAGCAAAUCUAUAACAGGUUUCAAAACAAUAACAACGAGCUGUAUGCUGUCGUUGAAGCAGCCCUGUCGAAAACACAUACAGAAUCUGAUAUUCAGAGGAUUAAAAAUUUUGUCGAAGAACACAGGGAGGCUAGCAAAAUCGAUGCGUUCAGCAGAAGAAUAGAAGUCAUCGAAGACCGCAUUGCAUGGAAAGAUAGAAAUUACGAACCAAUAAUAGCCUACUUCAAAUCUCAUAGUUAA